AUGGAGUCCAUAGAGUACUACCAGAGGUCUGCGCCUCUAUCCUUUUUCUUUGCUACGUUAGCUUUCUGUUUCCUGUACUGGCUGGCUCGCGAGGACCGUCCUUUCAACUCUUUUUAUAUUGCCAACAAGCGCGGGAGCGACUUAUUCCUUCGCAAAGCUAAAGAGGAAUGGGACUACAAUGCCGCUACAAUUACGAAGGAAGGGUUUAUCAAAACCAAUGGACGUGCCUUUCAGGUGGUAACCAGACACGGCCCGGUUAUCAUCCUUCCUCUGUCUUUGUGCGACGAAACUCGCAACGACCCUCGACUCUCUUUUUCCGGCUUUCUCGAACGUCAAGGUCUUACCAAUUACCCCGGUCUCGAUGUUUUGCACGCUGGAACCCAGGGCGACAUCAUCCAGGAGACAAUUCGGAAAAAUUUAACUCAGUCCCUGGGUAGCCUGACUGACGUUCUAUCAAACCAUACAACUGAAAUCCUGGAUACUCAUCUUCCAGUGGGACGAGACUGGCAGGACGUGCCUAUCUCCUCAGUAGCCGUCCAAAUCGCUGCCCGCCUAUCUGCCCGAGUCUUUCUUGGAGAGCGUCUCUGCCGCGACGAGGACUGGAUCGACAUCUCAACUAAAUUCACCGCUGUGACAUUCAAGGCGCAGGAAUCUCUCCGUGUCUGGCCUUCCUUCAUGCGGCCGUUCGUUCACCGCUUCGUGCCCCUUCUACGCUACCAGCGUUCUCUUAUCAAACGCGCUCGCGUUAUCAUCGAGCCCGAACUGGAAGCGCGCCGGAAGGCCCGUAAAGACGUAGUCAAGCCGCAAGACUCUCUCUCUUGGCUGGACGACACCAGAGGAGACCGCGAGUUCGAUGUGGCUCGGGGCCAGCUUUUCCUGUCUUUGGCUGCCAUUCACACGACAUCUACCGUGCUCACUAGUAUCAUGUAUGAUCUCGUCGCCCAUCCAGAGUACAUUGACGACCUGAGAGAGGAGAUUACACGGGUGUUGAAGGAAGAUGGAGGAUGGAAGAAGACGAGCCUUUACAAGAUGAUGCUCAUGGACAGUUGCAUGAAAGAGAGCCAGCGCUUGCACGUCCUCGGCCCAACGAGCAUGAACAGGCGCGUCGAAGCUCCGAUGACCCUCUCCGACGGCACUCACCUACCCAAAGGCGUUUUCGUUGCUUUCUCGUCAUACAACAUGCGCGACGGCGACGUUUUCAAGAACCCCCACGAGUUCAACGGCCGCCGCUUCCUCGACCUGCGUGCACAACCUGGACAGGCGAACCGCUGGCAAUUCGUCACCACGACGCCUGAGUACCUCAGCUUCGGACACGGCAAGCACGCGUGCCCGGGGAGGUUUUUCGCGAGCAACGAAAUCAAGAUUGCUUUGGCGCACCUGUUGAUGAAGUACGAUUGGAAGGUUUCGGGGGCGCCGCCGAAAAGCUUGCUGGAAACCCGCUUCUUGCCGGACCCGAAGGCUGUUGUUGCUUGCAGGACGAGGGAGCUUGAGCCGGAAAUUGCUGCCCUUAUGGGGAGGGCGUAG